CAGAAUGUUUUCCGUCAAAUUUGUAGUCUUUCUCUUACCUAAGUCCUUUCUUUUCUUUUUGGGUUUCCCUGCGAUGUUUAAUCUGAUCCUCUCCCGCCCACAGAGCCGAGCCUGAAGUCUGAAAAAUUCUUCCAUGAACACUCUCCGUCGAUCCAUCUCCACUCUGACCCACUCCCCGAACAAUCUUUUCCAAUGCAACAAGCAAAUACAGGACUUCUUCCGUCUGGGGCAGGUCAGCCACGCCCGGCAGCUGUUCGACGAGAUGUCUCAAAGAGAUUCUAUCACAUGGAACCUAAUGAUAUCCGGUUACUGUAACAAUGGCCGCCUUGAUGAUGCAAGAUGCCUUUUUGAUGCUUUUCAAGGCAAGAAUGUCCGGACUUGGACCUCAAUGCUCUCUGGGUACGCCAAAGCUGGAAGAGUAUAUGACGCAUCCUUGAUCUUUCAUGCCAUGCCGGAGAGAAAUGUUGUCUCCUACAAUGCUAUGAUUACUGGGUACGUAUAUAAUGGGGAUGUUCAAAGUGCAAGGGUGCUAUUUGAUGGCAUGAGCGAGAGAAAUAUGGCUACCUGGAACUCCAUGAUUAUGGGUUACUGCAGGAGGUGUUGGAUGCACGAGGCACGUGAACUGUUUGAUGUGAUGCCUGAGAGGAAUGAGGCUUCGUAUAUGGUUAUGAUUUCUGGUCAUGUGGCAAUUAGUGAGUAUGAGGAAGCAUGGAGGGUGUUUUUAGAUAUGCACAUGAGAGGUGAGGCUAGACCGGACCAGCCAAUAUUAUUGGCUGUGAUGUCGGCAAUCACUGGAUUGGAUGACGUGAGAUUGGUUGCUUACUUUCUGCCACUUGCAAUGAAGAUAGGAUACAGUGAUGAUGUUGUUGUAGGGACUGCAAUUCUUAACACCUUUAGACGAACUAUGAGUUUUGAUUCUGCCUUAAAGUUUUUCAAUGAUAUGCCAGAGAAGAACGACUACACUUGGAGCACAAUGAUAUCAGCCUUCUCCCAGUGUGGAAGGUUGGAAGAUGCGAUUCUGUUGUAUAGACAAGUUCCAGAACAAAACAUUGGGACCCAGACUGCAAUGUUGACUGCCUAUGCCCAACAUGGAAGGAUGAAUGAGGCGAGGCAUAUCUUUAACAAGAUCAAGAGCCCGUGUGUACCUACCUGGAAUGCCCUUCUUAGUGGAUAUGCACAAAACAGAAUGGUUGAGGAGGCAAGGGAGCUGUUUUUUACCCAAAUGCCUACCAGGGACAUGGCUUCUUGGGGAACAAUGGUUUCUGGGCUUGCUCAGAGUGGGGACAACAGAGGAGCUUUAGAGGUAUUUGUUGAAAUGCACAGAUUGGAUAUCACUCCAAACCAUUCUAUUUUAACUAGUGCCCUAUCUGCUUGCGCGAACAUGGGAGACGUUGUUAUGGGUAAACAGCUACACUCUCUCACCAUCAAGACAGGGUGCCAGUUUAAUUCUUUCAUAGGGAACGGAUUGAUAAACAUGUAUGCUAAAUGUAAGAAUAUAGAAGAUUUUUCUCGGGUAUUUGAUGUCAUGAAAGUCAGAGACAGAGUUUCUUGGAACUCGCUGAUCUCAGCCUUUUCAGAGAACAACAUGCUGACAGAUGCUGUUGAAGUAUUCAAGAUGAUGCCAGACCAAAACGUUGUGGCUUGGGCCACUUUGAUAUCUGCCUAUGUCCAAGCUGAACAAGGUGACAUAGCUUUCCAGUUAUUCCAUGACAUGCUGAAUGAUGGAAUAAGACCAAGUGAACAAACAGUCACUAGUCUACUGAGUGCGAGUGGGAGCCUCGGUUCCACAAAAUUAGGGGAACAGGUUCACGCGUUAGCAUAUAAAGUCGCCUUGGAUCUGCGCUUGUUCGUUCAUAAUGCACUCAUAAGCAUGUAUUUUAAGUGUGGGUCCCACAAAGGAUUUCAGGUUUUUGAGGAUACGGUGGUCGAACAAGGAGACAUUGUCACUUGGAAUGCUGUUUUAACCGGUUGUGCUCAGAACGGGUUAGGCAGAGAGGCCAUCAAUAUUUUUGAGAGAAUGAAGUUUGCAAAGGGCGUCCCUAACCAAGUAACCUUUCUUCAGCUAUUGUCUGUUUGCAGCCAUUCAGGGCUAGUGGAUGAAGGUUUGAAUUAUUUUGAUUCAAUGAUUCGGGAUUAUGGCAUUCCGCCUUCAAUCAAUCACUAUACGGCAGUAGUUGAUCUUCUUGGGCGGGCCGGUAGACUCUCUGAAGCAGAAUCACUGGUAAACAGUAUGCCUAUGAAGCCAGACACUGUUAUCUUGGAUUCUCUCCUUGCUGCUUGUAAAAAUAACAAGAACACAAACCUUGGCCAGAAAAUUGCAGAAAGACUAUUUCGGAUGGGUACAAAAAAAUCAGGAGCAUAUGUGUUGCUAUCAAACAUUUAUGCUUCCCAAGGCAUGUGGGAGGAAGUUGGGAACAUACGAAGCACAAUGCUGAAACGGGGAGUAAAUAAAGAGCCAGGUUUUAGCUGGAUCUAUAUCAAAGGAAAACUGCAUUCUUUCCUUGCAGGCAAUAAGAGUAUGAUGGAAGAGCAGUUGACAGAGAUUUCUUCAAUGUUGGAAGAUUUUUGUGUACGGUUCAAACCAAUGGGAUAUUUUCCUGACACGAAAUUUGUUUUGCAUGAUGUGGAUGAAGAGCAAAAGGAAGGCGAACUUCUUUACCAUAGUGAAAAGAUCGCUGUGGUCUUUGGCAUCUUGAGAUUGCCACAAGGUUCGCCCAUUCAGGUUAUGAAGAAUCUUCGUAUCUGUGGCGACUGCCAUAUUUUCAUGAAAUUCUUAUCCAAAGUAACACAACGCAAGAUAGUAAUUCGGGAUGGUAAUAGAUUCCACCACUUCCAAAAUGGCAUAUGUUCUUGUGGAGAUUACUGGUGAUCGUUUCCUGGGAUAGUGCUUAUAGAGGGAUUUACUGAAACCAUGUUCUGUAAAUGGUUAAAUAAAAUGUUGGAAAUUUUAUGCAAAAACUCCUUGCUGUGAUGCUGGUCCAGACCUUGGACAGAAGGUGAGUUUUGAGAUGCAGAACACAUUCUUCUCCAUCUUAGGCUUUUGGGAUAUGAGCCUCAGAUAUGUCUACUGGAUUUUGGAACAAAUUGAAAGUCUGAAGAAUUCUCUGAGCAUUUCUUUCUCUUCUCCAGCCAAUGUGGAUUGCUUGUGCUAGAAAUCCAAGUCAUCGUCGUCUGAUGAUGAUGAUGAAGAUGGUGAACUUGAAUAAUGAUCUUCCCCUACAAAAUCAUCCCCUUGAUCUUCAGCUUCAUCAUCAGAUAGUAAAGGGGAUGAAUUCGAGUCGCUGUGAUCUUCCUCGCUAAGUUCAUCCAUUUGGUCUUCAGGAUCAUCAUCUGAGUCGAAUGUAUUGUAUUCUUCAUCAUGGUCACCAUGAUAAUCUUUAUCGGUCUUGUCCUCUCCAGAUUCCUUCUCAUUCUUUUUUCCUGUGAUCCUGUCCAACGAGGACCAACUACACGGCCCAUCAAGGAUUCAGUAUCUUCAGUUUCGUCUUUCACCUCAUUUGCGCUUCUAAGAAGAACAGAUCCAUCAUCAUCUGCAGACAACUCCUCCUCUAUCAUGGCAUGCUUGUGUGAGUCCUGUGCCACCCUCUCAGCUUCAUCGCGGGCGGUCUCUUCCAUUAUUAAAAUGUCAAUAUUGUCAGCUUUGUCCACUUUACUGCUAUAAAUCUUCUACCUCAUUCUCUACAGAAGGAGCUUUUUCUGAGGGAAUAUCUUCACGGAGAUCUUUCAACUUUACAGCUUCCUCAUGGUUUUUCUCAUUUUUGGUAUCCUCCAACUUAGCUUCUUCAGUUUCUCUCUUUUCUUUCUCUUCCUUCUCUCUUUGCAAUCGUUUUUUCUCUUCGGCCUUUUCUACCUGUUCCUUGUGCUCAACUAUCUUUUUAACUAUCUUCUCCAAUUUUGCUAGUUUCACCAAUUCUGCUUCCUCCAAAUUUUCCAGUUUUGCCUUAUCAACUUCCGAAUUCCUUAUAAUAACACAUUUUUGAUAUUUUGUGAUUCUUUUCUUUAACCUAUCUCUAGCCUCCUUGCCAGCCUCCCAGCACAUAUUAGGGCACUUUGUUUUGCCACCAUACUCAUCACUCCCAUCACAGCUAUCACAGAUACCAUCGUUAACCCUUGAUGAAUAUAUAAGGAGGGUUGUAUGUCCUGCAUUUCGGCAAUAGAACUUGCCACUGGGGCAUGCUGAGGUUCCUGGCUCAUUGGAGCCAUAAGGACAAUCACAGAAAUCAUCAUUGAGCUGAGCCACACUGAAUUUAAUGAUCCGUUUUUGCAUUUUAUGGCAGCUCCGGAUGACAAUCCACUGUAGGGUCUGUAGUACUUCUCAUCUUGAGGAGAGAUUCCAAGGAAAUCUCUGGAAGGGAGAGAUACCACUGAUCUGCUGAUCAACUUAAUGCAAAGCAAUAUUGACCAGAAUAAGAGGCGCCGAACUCGUAGCAGCAUCCUCACUAAUGUAGAACUGUGGUGCUCCGAAGCAAACUGAACUAGCAGAUGGAUGGAUGGAGGAGGAGUGGAGGCGCCGACCGCGCUGUCUGAAGAUCGCCAGAGAUGAGUGAGACUGGCAAAUGAGCAGGGCCAGGAAGCCAUUGUAAUAUUGUAACUAAUUACAUACAUAAUUCCAAUCCUCUCCUUAACAGCACUACAAUUCUCACAACAAAAACUCCCGCCUACCUCUCAUUCUACAACAUCCGUUCGAUUCCUAAAAUAUAAUCAAUGGCCUCUACAUUCCAUCAUACACCCUUACCUUUUAAUGAGUUCUUUCCUUCAAUGCCUAUACUAGACUUCCAUUAUCGACUUUCGUUCACUUAGCCAAUCAUAGGAGCAUUAGAAGACUGGAACGGCGGUUCCUUCGCUUCCCAAUUACCUUUGCCUUUCUCACUUCGCCAUAGCCUCAUUCUGUGUCGUCAAAUUAUGUACUGAAUCAGUGAGGAGAUGCUCUAAGAUUAUGGAAACAAGGUUCAUAAUAUACUUGGGGAUAACAUACUAUCCCCCUAUAAUGAAGAAGCUAUUGGUGGAUCAAUGCAUCAAGCACCUCCAGUUGAUCAAGAAUUGCUUUGUAGUGUUAAAGAUCUUUGAAGAAAGUCCUUGCAUCAAAUGGUUAAACAGCUGGUAUGCUGUAUAACGCUUGAGAUAAACACUUGAGGAGAUUGAGGCUGAGGAGAUUGAGGCUUGGAUGUUGUUGUUGUAGAGGAGAUUGAGCUAUCUUCUACCUAUCAUCAGAUUUUGGUUAGCAAUAGGGCUAAACAAAGUAUUCUUCAAGCAGUUUUGGGCUCUUGGCAAUAUGUUCUCUCAGAGAUGAGGUUUUCAUGAUUCCUAAUUCUUUUUUCCUAAUCCAGACAAUACUUCUUUAGUGUAGAGGAAAAUGGUGGAUCAAUGCAUCAAUUCUACACUUCAAUUCUUUCCUAUUCUCUCACCUUUGAAUUCUUGAUAAUUUUCUUUAGUGUAAAGGAAAAUGGGCUGCUUCACUUUGCGCUGUAGUUGAACAGUUGAACAUGAUAAUAGUAAUCAUUUACUAACCUGAUUUUGUGGAUAAACUUUUAAGAUAAUAGGUUAUAAAAAAUGCAGCUUAUAAGUCAUACACAUGUAGUUUGCUUUAAAAAUUUGAGAUUAGAGUUAGAUGAAUGUAAACAGUCCAUAAAGAUGGAGUGCCUAAACAUGCGACACUAUCUUUUUUUAAUAGUUAAAUGAUUUGAAUUGAUUGAUCUGAAAAUGAUAAUUAGAAUUGAAUAGAUUGGUCUGAAAAUGAUUCAAUAGUGAAAUAUUUUCUUCACAACAUGCAACACUGUCAUUUUUAUUAUCAUUUCAAAGAUAAAUUUUAUUGAAGAUAAAAUGCAUAUGCUUGAAGACCAAUACUCCUAGAUCUCAAAGCAAAAGAAUUGAAAUUACACUUGGAAAAUACUUUAUGUAUGUUUUGCAAUUACGUUUAAUUGCCUUUUAAGUUCCCCAUCUCUCAUACCAACCUAAUAUAUUUGGGUGAAAAAUGCAUAAUUCUUGGUGACUAAGGGAGUGUUUGCAAAAAAAUUAAAAAGUGUUUUUCAGCUUUUGGCUUAAAAAAAGUUGAAAUGAGUGUUUUAAAGUGACAACUUCCGCUUAAAUUAAACACUUAAAAACUAAAAGUUGGAAGCAGGUGGAACGGUGUUUAAAGUGCUUUUCACUUUUUCUAUUACACAAAAAACAUUCAGUUUACUAAAACACUAUCAACUUUUACUUUUCUGAAGAACAUUUUUCUCAAACACCUAUCAACUUUUACUAUUAAGCAUUUUCUCCAAAAUUCCUUUAAAAGAUCACUUUUUAAAGUAGAAGUAACCGCAAACAUUCUCUAAGCCUUGACAAACAUGAAAAUGACCUGAAUCAAUCAAAAAUAUUACUAUAAACUUGGUAUUUUUUUAGGGCAAGAGGUGAAGUUUUCAUGAUUUCUGAUUCUCCCCCCACCCAAUCGAGACAACAGCAGAAAAGGUUUGUGAAGGCAGGAAAUGUAUAAUGUAGAGCAGCAGCAGCAGCAGUAGUAAUUCUAUUGUUGUACGUUUCUUUGACAUUGAACUCGAUGUCUGAUUCAAAUGUGAUAAACAAUGCAGAGGCAUUCUUUGUUGCUGAUUUAUGAAGGGGUUAGGUACAUAUACUACAAAAAUACAAAUAGCCAAUAUGUCCAGGCUAUACAUGUAGUCAGGUUGCUGGGGUAAAGAUUAGACUUCAUGUCUUGGAGGCAGGCUAUGUAAAAUGGAUUUUAAUUCUUAAUAGCUGGAAUGUAAUAUUUAGGCUGACAAUGGUAGAAAGAGUUUUGCGUGUGAAAUGAAUUCCACUCUUGUAAUUACCUGAUUCAAGUCACUUUUUCUUCUUAUUGACUUAGAUUUUUUGUGAUUUUACCAAGAAGACCAAAUUAUUUACUUCAACC